AUGUCGUCUUCAAUAAUAGCAACGGAUCAACACACGUCAAUGGAAAACACGGAUAGAGCUAAAGCUGAUACUAACAAAGAAGAUGAUACCUCUUCCGAACUGUCAAAAGACAACUUGCAAUCUUCACUUUCGCAAAAUUCUCUUGAUACCCAACAUGCAAAUGAUUAUGAGAAUCAGACGUUUAGGCAACAAGAACCUGGCACUCCAUCAGAAAAUACAUCAACAACUGAUACGAAGACUAAAACUAAUGAUGAUUCAACAAUACACCGUACAGAACCAGUAAAGAAAAUUAUCAGAUCAUCGAUCACGACAGAAGAAGUGAAAGAGAAAUCAUUUAAAUCCUAUUUUGAUACCAUCCCCUCAUCUGGAUUUCCUGCAUCAUCUGGAGAUUAUCCUGAUUAUGUUAAGAUUCGCUCACAACAUGUUAAAUAUCCCAGUUACUCAUCAUCAUCAAGUUCAUACCAGUAUCAUCAUCAUGUUGAAAAUAUGUCAAAGAAACCUGAAGAUCAUGUUACCAAUAGCAAUAUCAGUAGUGCUGACGUAACAUCACACAAGGUUAUUUCAUCUGCAGCUAAGAUAACACCAGAAAGCUCAGUGCCGCAACCUAAUGGUUAUGAGAGCAUUUCAAGACCCCAGAUAAAUAUCCCUGUAAAGGUACGACGCAUACCUCAAGAUGUUCGUGUUAUACAUACAUCCCAUGCGAAUUCACUAAGUAGGCUGGAUGAGUUUAAACGAAAUUGUGAACGAGCAACAAAAGAAUGGGAAAACUUAGUCAGUAUGAGAGACGGUACUAAAUUAACUGAAGACGUGAUGCUUCACAGAAUAGCUGAGUUGGAGUCUAAUGUUAAAGAAGCUGAAAAUUUGUUGAAGCUAUUUUCCGCUGAAAUAAGAGAAGUGCGUGCAACAGCUGAUUACUGGUCAAAGAAAACAACAAAUUUGGAAAAAUCCUAUCACAGUCUUCAUGGGAAGGUUAAGGACUAUCGAACAAAUGCAAAGCAAAGUGAACAAGAGUAUCUCAGAGCCAUAGAAGAACGUGAAUACAUCUUACAAAGUCUUCGAGAGGCAGAAACAAGAGAACAAAACCUAUCAAGUCUACUUCAGCGUGUUGAAGAUGAAUAUAAUACACUAUCUAGAGAUAUAAGAAUUUUAGAACGGGCUCAUGCGAAAAAGGAUCGUCAACUUCAAAAUUUACUAUUCGAAAAAAAUGAAUUAUCAAGAAAAAUCCAAAAUUUGGAAUCACAUUUGCAUAAAUUAAAAAAUCGAUCUGAAUCCACUUAUCGUCGAAAGUAUCCUGGUCAUACGGAUGAAACCACUGGUCGAUACUACAGUCAAUUAGGUGAUGAUUCAGAAUACGUGCUCAGUGAUUUUGGCUCACUAGAUAGAAACCCAAAAAUAUAUACUACGGUCACGACAGCAGGAGAAAAACGAAGAAAUAAUCUAAACAUCAACAGCAGUAAUAACCAUCUUGAUGAUUCAGAUACAUGCAUGCCACAGAAGUCAGAGAUAUUUAAAUCACGUGGUUCAGUAGACCUACUGGAUAGUAGAAAGCAAACUUUCAAACUUAGUCGAAAUAUGUCUGAUUCUUAUAUUACUCCGAAGACAAAUGACAAUACUAUCAGUAUUACGCGUGACGUCAAAAAUGAAAGUGUAUUAGAAUCAAAUAUGGUGGAUUUAUCACCGAUCAGACAUCAACAUCAUGAAGGUCAUUCCUUCCAACAACAAUCAGUGGACAAGAACGAGGACCAUUUGUCCGAUACGCUGGUGGAUGAGAAUAAUUUUGUUAGACGUGGGGAAGUGGAAAUGGAAAAUAAUCAAAAUAAUCUACCAAACGCUGUACAUCGGAAAUGGAGUAAUGCAUCAGACUAUCAGUACCAACCUAACCAUCAGCAAAUGCACGGUAAAUUGUCUAAAAUAGAUCAUUUUUCGGCUGAAGAUGAUUCCACAAAGCACAGAUCUCAAGUGCAGGUUGUUAUUGGACCAUUAUCAUCCAGUGAAAAAAGACAUAGAGCUUCCCGUGCUGGUCAUAUGCACAAAAAGUAUACGUAUAAAAAAUUCAUGAACAACCAGUACUACCGUCUGUGUUCAGUGGUCAUGGUCUUCGAGCUAGCCGACAUCGCCCAGCUUCAGUAUCUGGUUACUUAG